CCGUCUUCUCUACAAAAAGAAAGAAAAAUACUCAGUCGUGCUAUCUGCUCUCUGCUCGCUUUCUCUGGCCAUUGCACCAGAAAUUCCAAUCCCAAAGCCGCCAAACGAAUUGAGGCCGUGAGGCAUCGUUGGGCCGCAAUCGGAGAUCGAGUCGGCGGCAGUAGCUUCCGGCAACCUAGGUCGCGAAACGCCCGGGUCCUCUGUCGGAAGGAGUUUUCGAAGAGAUGGAGGGUUUAAGGCAACUGGAGGCGUUGUGUGAGAGGUUGUACAAUUCGCAGGACUCGGUCGAAAGGGCUCAUGCCGAGAACACUCUCAAAUGCUUUUCGGUGAACAUAGAAUACAUUUCGCAGUGCCAGUACAUUCUCGACAAUGCCAUGACUCCCUACGCGUUGAUGCUGGCUAGUUCUAGCUUGUUGAAGCAAGUCACUGAGCAAAAACUUGCUCUGCAGCUUCGUCUCGACAUCCGGAAUUACCUUAUUAACUAUUUGGCCACUCGAGGACGCGAGUUACAGCCAUUCGUGACUGCCUCUUUAGUCCAACUCUUAUGUCGGCUCACCAAGUUUGGGUGGUUUGAUGAUGAUCGAUUCUGGGAUGUGGUGAAACAGUCAAUGAACUUCUUGAAUCAGGCAACGUCUGAUCACUAUGCCAUUGGUUUGAAGAUACUUAACCAACUCGUGUCUGAGAUGAGUCAGCCUAAUCCUGGGUUGCCUUCAACGCAUCAUCGGAGGGUUGCAUGCUCCUUCAGGGACGAGUCUCUCUUUCAAAUAUUCCAAAUAUCCUUAACUUCAUUGCGUCAACUGGAAAGUAAUGUUGCAAAUCAAUUGCAAGAGUUGGCUCUUUCGCUUUCACUUAAAUGCCUAUCUUUUGAUUUUGUUGGGACCUCACUUGAUGAAAGUUCUGAAGAAUUUGGUACUGUUCAGAUUCCAUCGGGUUGGAAGUCAACAUUGGAGGAUCCUGCAACACUUCAAGUCUUCUUUGAUUACUAUGCCAAUACAAAGCCCCCCCUUUCAAAGGAGGCACUGGAGUGCUUGGUGCGACUAGCUUCUGUUAGACGUUCUUUGUUUACAAGUGAUCCUGCCCGUUCAAAGUUUCUGUCCCAUUUAAUCACAGGAACCAAAGAAAUCCUACAAACUGGGCAAGGUCUUGCUGAUCAUGAUAAUUACCAUGAGUAUUGUCGUCUUCUUGGACGAUUCCGAGUGAAUUAUCAGUUGUCAGAGCUUGUGACUGUGGAAGGCUAUAGUGACUGGAUACGUUUAGUAGCAGAAUUCACGUUAAAGUCUUUGCACUCCUGGAAGUGGGCCAGCAGCAGCGUAUACUACCUUUUAGGACUUUGGUCUAGAUUGGUGACAUCUGUACCAUACUUGAAAGGUGAUGCACCCAGCAUGCUCGAUGAAUUUGUACCUAAGAUUACUGAAGGUUUCAUCACAUCAAGAUUUAACUCCGUGCAGGAUGGUUCGCUUGAUGAUCUUUCUGAAAACCCAUUAGACAACGUUGAACUUCUUCAAGAUCAGUUGGAUUGUUUUACAUACCUCUGUAGAUUCCAGUAUGAAAGCAGUAGUUUGUAUAUAAUAAGCAUAGUGGAGCCUCUUUUGCAGGUCUACACGGAAAGAGCUCGAGUUCAGACCAGUGAUACCAGUGACCUCUCUAUUAUUGAAGCAAAACUUGCUUGGAUUGUUCACAUAGUUGCUGCAAUUCUCAAGAUAAAACAAUGUACUGGGUGCAGUACCGAAUCACAAGAAGCACUUGAUGCAGAACUUUCAGCACGCAUCUUGCAAUUAAUAAAUGUCACUGACAGUGGGGUACAGAGCCAGAGAUAUGGUGAAACAAGCAAGCAAAGACUUGAUCGUGCAAUUCUUACCUUUUUUCAACAUUUUCGGAAGUCAUAUGUGGGUGAUCAGGCCAUGCAUUCUUCGAGGCAGUUAUAUGCCCGCCUUUCUGAGCUUCUUGGACUUCAUGAUCAUCUUUUAAUGUUAAAUGUCAUUGUUGGCAAGAUUGCUACAAACCUGAAAUGUUACACGGAGAAUGAGGAGGUCAUUGGUCACACCCUGAGUUUGUUCUUGGAGCUGGCAUCUGGAUACAUGAGUGGCAAGCUACUCUUGAAGUUGGAUACUGUCAAAUUUAUACUUGCGAAUCAUACUAGGGAGCAUUUCCCUUUUCUGGAAGAGUAUAGAUGUUCUCGCAGCAGAACAACUUUCUAUUACAUAAUUGGCUGGUUAAUAUUCAUGGAAGACAGCCCUGUCAAAUUUAGAUCUUCCAUGGAUCCACUUUUGCAAGUUUUCGUCAAUCUGGAAUCAACUCCUGAUUCAAUGUUUCGUACUGAUGCUGUAAAGUAUGGAUUAAUUGCGUUGACGAGAGAUCUUAGAGGAAUUGCCAUGGCCACAAAUAGUCGGAGAACUUAUGGCUUUCUGUUUGAUUGGUUGUAUCCUGCACACAUGCCACUUCUUUUGAAAGGCAUCUUGCACUGGUCCGAUACACCAGAGGUGACCACUCCUUUGUUGAAAUUCAUGGCUGAGUUUGCAUUGAACAAAGCCCAACGCUUGACUUUUGAUUCAUCUUCUCCUAAUGGAAUACUUCUUUUUCGAGAAGUCAGUAAACUGAUUGUUGCAUAUGGGUCAAGAAUUUUGUCUCUUCCAAAUGUUGCUGAUAUAUAUGCCUUCAAAUACAAGGGAAUUUGGAUUUCUUUAACUAUUCUUACAAGAGCUCUUGCUGGAAACUAUGUCAACUUUGGGGUGUUCGAGCUAUAUGGUGAUAGAGCGCUUGCUGAUGCACUUGAUAUUGCACUGAAGAUGACAUUAUCAAUACCUUUGGCUGAUGUAUUGGCAUUCCGGAAGUUGUCAAAGGCCUAUUUUGCAUUCUUGGAGGUUGUAUUCAACAGCCAUAUAGUUUAUAUACUGAAUCUGGAUACCAGUACUUUUCUGCAUAUAGUUGGAUCCCUUGAAUCUGGAAUUAAAGGUCUAGAUACAGGUAUUGCAUCACAGUGUGCAUCUGCGGUUGAAAAUUUGGCUGCUUUCUACUUCAACAACAUAACCAUGGGUGAGGCACCCACAUCACCUACUGCAGUCAAUCUUGCUCGUCACAUUUCAGACUGCCCCAACUUGUUUCCAGAAGUACUGAAGACACUGUUUGAGAUUGUUUUAUUCGAGGAAAGUAACAACCAGUGGAAUUUUAGCAGACCAAUGCUGAGCUUGAUACUUAUUAAUGAGCAGAUAUUCUCCGAUUUGAAAGUUCAUAUCUUGGCUUCACAGCAAGCGGAUCAACAUCAACGGCUUUCCGAGUGUUUUGACAAGCUUAUGGUGGAUGUUACUAGAAGCUUGGAUACAAAGAACAGAGACAAGUUCACCCAAAACUUGACAGUAUUCAGGCGUGAUUUUCGCUUGAAGUAACCAUGAAUAUUUUGCUGCAUACUUGUAGCUGUAAAAAAAAUGGAUACUCUACUGGGAAAAAAAAGGGAGCUAAGUUUGUGAAGUUCUCGGGCUGGUGUAACAGGAAGGUGCAUUGGACUUUUUUUGGUGGUGGCGGUAUCGUUAUUGCUGUGUACUUGAAGAGGAACGUUAGCGAGGUUUGCUUUUCUGGUGGUUUGUAGCAAAGAUAGUUGUGGGGUUUGACAUGUAGAAAAUGGCCAGUUCUAAUUUUGGUAGUAAACCAAUUAUUUUAGAAGAAAAAAAGGGUGUACAUUCUCUCGUGUCUAUUUUGUAAGUUGAUCUCCUGUACAUUAACCUUUACAUAUUCUUUGUAUUUGUUGAUAAUAAGAAAGAAAAAGAGGUUUAAAGGAUUGUUCUUG